AUGUUGGGGAUUUUCCUGCUCCUCGCUUCCGCCGCCUACGCCGCGCUCACCAGCUGUCCCGCGACCGCGACCCGGGUGGCCGCGGUGCCGCCGCUCGCAGAGUGGGUCGCGUCGCAGGGCGGCGACGUGUCCGUCGUCCAGGCCGCCGACGCGGCCCAGCUUGGCGUCGGCCUCGUUGCGGCUCGGGCGGUGCGGCGGGGCGAUCGGCUGCUCAGCGUGCCGGAGGAGCUGGCCAUCACCGCCGAGUCUGCCCUGCGUUCUGAGCUCCUCGGCGCCUACCUCGUCGAGUUCGAGCCUUACCUCGCAGACUACUCCUUCAUCGCCGUCGCACUGCUCAACGAGGAGCGGCUCGGUGAGCAGUCCAGCCUCGCGCCGUGGCUCUCGUCGGCGUGCUGGCAGGUGGAGCAGCACGACCUGCCGCUGCUCUGGCCCUCGGACGACCAGGCCGAGCUCGAGCAGUCCACCGCGGCGCCGUGUGUGGAGCGGCGGCUCGCGGCGCAGGCCGACUACGAGUGGCUGCGCGAGAACGUCUUCGAGGCCUCCCCGAUGGUCUUCCCCGAGUCGGUCUUCAGCGAGGCGUCCUUCCUGCGCGCACUCGGGCUCGCCUUCUCGCGCUGCGUCUUCGUGCCGGCGGGCGGGCGGCAGGGCGAGCCGGCGAGGCCGGCGCUGCUGCCGCUGGUCGAGCUCUGCAACCAUGCCGACUCGCCGAGCGCCAGCCUUCAAGCGCGCGGCCCGCAGGCUGGCCUGUUUGGGCGUGGAGGCGAGGGAGGCGCGGUCGAGCUGACUGCGCAGGCGGACCUGUCGGCUGGGGAUGCGCUCACCCUCUGCUACGCCGAGGCGACGCGCGGCGAGUUGCUCCUUGACUACGGCUUCGUCGCCGAGCCGGUGCCGCCAGAGGCGAGCCUGCGCUUUGGCGUCGCCGACGACGACCCAAACUACGACGAGAAGGCGCGCGCGGGUGCUCUUAGUGGCACGACAUGCCACAUCCGACACGUGGAUGUGCUCGAGCGGGUCGGGCUGAGCGCGGUGGAGCAGGGCUUCGUCGUGUCCGAGGCGGACCCGCUGCCGCCCGACCUGCUCGCCUACCUACGCCUCGCCCUCUUCGCAGACGACCUCUGGCGCGAGCACCUGCAGCAGCCCGUCUCCAGGCAAAACGAGGCGGCGGCGCUGCAGCUCGGGCACGACGCGGUCACGAGUGCGCUCGGCAAGCUGCGCGGCGACGUCCAACUCGACCUGGCGUCCCUCGCCGAGGCGCCGCGCGAGUCGGUCGGCUACCGCUGCGCUGCGGUGCGGUACGCCGAGCGGCGCGCGGUCUCUGCGGCGGCGAACGAGCUGCGCGCCGCCCUCGGGUCGCUCGACGGGCUCGAGUACUACCAGGAGAGGCGGCUCAAGCUGCUCAACCUCACGCCGGUCGAGACGGAGGAGGAGCUCGAGGCGCUUCGCUCUGCCGGCCGACGCACCUCCGACUCAUCCUCCUACGACUGGUGACGUGGUGGCGGGAGCGCUGGCGCACGUUGACAUCGAUUUCCCGGCCCAUCUGUUGAUUUCCUUUUUGAGCUAGAGCGUACAAAAGAGCAA